AUGGGGUCCGGCGGUGUCGUCGUCAGCGAUGGCGGCGUGUGCGGGUUCUGGCGGCGGCUGUCGGGGCCGGAGGAGCGGCGGCUGCUGGAGCUGCUCGCCUACGGGCUGGUGGCGCUGGGCGCCGUCUCCGCCCUACUGCUCCGCUUCGUUCCCAUGCCCUACGGCCGGUACUCCUCGCCGCGCUUCGGCUGGCCGCUGCCCGCCCGCCCCGCCUGGGCGCUGCAGGAGCUGCCCUCCCUCCUCGUCCCGCUCGGGCUGGCCGCCUGCGGUGGGGCGGCCGCCGCCGCCUGGCCUAACCGCCUCCUCCUGGGCUGCUUCGUCGUGCACUACGCACACAGGGCGCUCAUAUUUCCUCUUCUGAUCCGGGAAGGAAAACCAACACCGUUUUUCACUUUUGUGCUAGCGCUUCUGUUCUGUGUUUACAACGGGUACUUGCAAGGCCGAAGCUUAAGCAACUAUGCAGAAUACCCUUCAGGCUGGUUAAAAGAUCCAUGUUUCAUUACAGGUUUUAUAGGGUGGUUGACUGGCAUGGCAAUCAAUAUUCAUUCUGAUCAUAUUCUCAGGAAUCUGAGAAAACCAGGGGAAAGUGGUUACAAGAUACCAAGAGGGGGAAUGUUUGAGUAUGUCAGUGGAGCCAACUUUUUUGGAGAGAUCCUGGAAUGGUUUGGGUUUGCCCUUGCCUGCUGCACCAUUGAAAGCCUUGCAUUUGCGUUGUGUACGCUUUUCAUCUUGGGUUCAAGGGCAAAGCAACACCACCAAUGGUACCUUGAGAAAUUUGAAGACUACCCAAAGAACAGAAAAAUUGUGAUCCCAUUUGUGUACUGA